CCCAAAUCAAUCACAACACCCCACUACAAAGGUCACCUAGGCCACGAAAGGGGCUCGAGAGACGGUUCCUCUAUCUCUUGGCUGUUCCAGAAGUUGCGUAAUUGAAAGCGCACUCAAAGGUGAAUAGACGCAGCUGCCGGUAACAGGAAGCUACUCUCGCCGUCAUUACAGAGUUAUUCGACUCAUCAACACCACUACCAAACACAAUACAACACACCGCGCACUGCGCAACAGUCGAUCACCAUGGGCGUUCCCAAGUUCUUCAGAUGGAUGAGCGAGCGAUACCCCGCAAUCUCGCAACUGAUUGCAGAGAAUCGCAUUCCGGAGUUUGACUGCUUGUACCUGGACAUGAACGGUAUCAUUCACAAUUGUACGCACAAGGACUCCGACGAUGCCAUGUUCCGAAUGACGGAGGAGCAGAUGUUCAUUGCUAUUUUCAAUUACAUUGAGCAUCUGUUUGGCAAGAUCAAGCCAAAGCAGCUGUUUUUUAUGGCCAUUGAUGGAGUUGCGCCGAGAGCAAAGAUGAACCAGCAGCGAGCUCGAAGAUUCCGAACUGCGCUGGAUGCCGAAACUGCCAGAGACAAGGCGAUCAAGGAAGGGAAGGAGAUGCCAAAGGAGGAGGCAUUCGAUAGUAAUGCGAUUACUCCAGGUACGGAAUUCAUGCACAAGCUCACUCAGCAGUUGAAAUAUUUCAUCAACAAGAAAGUUUCCGAGGACAAGGAUUGGCAGGGAGUGGAAAUCGUUUUAUCUGGCCACGAAGUUCCUGGCGAGGGAGAACACAAAAUCAUGGAGUACAUUCGCCUGGCUAAGGCACAGCCCGAUUAUGAUGCGAACAUUAGACAUUGUCUGUAUGGACUCGAUGCCGAUCUGAUCAUGUUGGGUCUAUUGAGCCACGAUCCACAUUUCUGCUUGUUACGUGAAGAAGUUACGUUUGGAAGACAGAGCAAAGCAAAGUCUAAGGAGCUGGAGCAUCAAAACUUCUAUCUGAUGCAUCUCUGCAUUGUACGAGAAUAUCUGGAACUGGAAUUUCAGGAGUUGAAGGAGCCUGGCGUUCUUUCUUCCCCAUUCGACCUAGAACGAGUUAUCGACGAUUUCAUUCUCAUGGCGUUCUUUGUUGGCAACGAUUUCUUGCCUAAUCUGCCAAACUUGCAUAUCAAUGAAGGAGCACUGGCGUUGAUGUUUAAGAUCUACAAAACGGUUUUGCCCAAGGCGGGCGGAUUCAUAAACGAGGGCGGUGUCAUCAAUAUGCAACGUCUGGCAAUGUUACUAGAGGAACUUUCCCACGUUGAAUAUCGUUUCUUCGAGUCCGAAAACUCGGAUAAGAGCUGGUUUCGAGGUAAACAGAUGGCCAAGGAAGAUGUUAUGGUCAAAGGAAAGACCAAGGGCAAAGUCACUAUGACCUCACCUCAGCGAGAGGUUUGGAAAGACGUCAAGAAGUAUGUUACGCGUCGCUCUGACGAGCCAUUGGAUCUUCCAAGCACUCUACCGGCAGCGGACCGGAAGUUUGUUCAGGAUCUCGCUGAGAGUCUCCAUCUGGAGUGGAAGACGGUGGAGAACGAACAAGGUGAUCGUCACAUGCAGCUCUCUUUCCCACCAAAGCUUGAAGCCGAUGAAGAGAGCGAAGAUGAGGACGAGGAAUCUCAGCUUGCCAUUUUGCGUGUUGUGAAGCAGUAUGACAAUGCGAAGGUGGUUGAUGUCUCCAAAGCAGAAGCCCAAGCAGAGAUGGACAAGCAGUAUGAGGCCAAAUUCCAGGAAUGGAAGGAUAAAUACUACAAGGGAAAGUUCGAAUGGGACCGAAAGAACGAGACCGAGUUGACCAAGCUUUGCGAAAACUAUGUGCAAGGUCUUCAGUGGGUUCUUCACUAUUACUACAGAGGAGUUGUCUCCUGGCCAUGGUACUAUCAGUAUCACUACUCGCCAAUGAUCUCCGAUGUUAUCAAAGGCUUGAAGGCCAAUGUGGAUUUCAAGCUUGGGCAACCAUUCCACCCAUAUGAGCAACUCAUGGGUGUUCUCCCGGACAGAAGUAAAAGCAUUGUACCCAAAGUGUACCACGAUUUGAUGACCAAUCCCGCCUCUCCCAUCAUCGAUUUCUAUCCUCGAGAUUUCGAACUCGACAUGAACGGCAAAAAGAUGGAAUGGGAAGCCGUUGUCAAGAUCCCUUUCAUUGACGAGAAGAGACUGCUUGAUGCGAUGGCACCGAAAAACGCUCUGUUGAGUGACGAUGAGAAGUUUAGGAACGAGUUCGGAGUCACACUGAAAUUCAGUCAUGAUCCUGAUAUCGACUUUACCUACCCAUCGUCGCUUGUUGGUAUCUUUCCGGAUAUUCCACAUUGUCAUUGCGUUGAGAACAUCUUUGACCUGCCAACUAUCGAAGGAUUGGAGUACCACGUUGGUUUGAUGGAUGGCGUGAAGCUUGGUGACGAAGCACUUGCUGGCUUUCCGAGCCUGGCAACCCUGCCAUACAACGCCACCCUGGGGUUUCAUGGCGUCAAUGUGUUCCAGCAGGACAGUCGCAACGAAAGCAUGGUUGUUACCAUCGAGAAUACGGAGGUUCGAACAAAUGUGACAACUGCCACGAUGAAACUCGGACAGCGUGUUUUCGUUGGCUACCCAUUCUUAAACGAGGCCAAGGUUGUCAAAGUCUCCGAUGAACUUUUCGACUACUUCCCGGCAGAAGAAGGAUCUUCUCAUCCCAUUCAGAAUCCACACGGACCGCGUGAGAUCGAUGAUUUCCGCAAGAAGGCAGAGAGACUCGAGAGUACCUAUAGCAAGCGUCUUGGCAUCAUAAUUGGUCCUGUCGAGUCCAUUAUGCACGUGGAGAUGCUAAAGGGCUUGAAGAAAACUGACGAAGGAGCCACCAUCAAGGAGUAUGCUGUUAUUCCUGGAAUGGACACAGAAUUUGCUUCUCAGGUGGUGGUUGAUGAGGUCAUCAGUGAGGAUCCACGAUUUAUUGAACAGGCGGCCAUCCCUAUUGAAGAAGAAUUUCCUCCAGGGUCGAGAAAUUUCUUCCUCGGAGAAUUCAACUACGGUCGACCACUAGAGGUAGUUGGCCACAAAGACAACAAGGCGGAGGUGUGGCUAUCAGUCAUUAAGGGCAAAGAGGUCGAGUUCGGCAAGUUCGUUGUCCAGUCUCAGAACACACAGAGCACAUACACUCCCUCGUUUGCCGUGGCUAAGAUGCUGGGUCUCCACCCUCUUGUACUGAGCAAGAUCACUUCUUCGUUCUCUGUUUCCGCUCUUGGGCUACCUCGACUGAAUCUAGGGCUCAACUUGAAGUUUGAAUCGAAGAAAUUGAAGGUCUUGGGUUAUUCCCGACGCUCGGACAAAGGUUGGGAGUUCAGCAACAAGGCGAUCGAGCUGCUCAGUACCUAUAUGACUAAGUUCCCGGAGUUUAUUGCUGGCAUCCAGCGCAAGCCACAAGGAAACGAGUACGAGGAAACGGAUUUCUAUCCCAAGGAGAUUGCUGGAGCGAAGAUCAAGGAGAUCGCAGCAUGGCUCAAGUCGAUCGAAUCGAAGAACUUUGAGAAGGUUCCUCUCGACGCAGAGCAACUUGAUUCAGAUGCAGUUAUGGCCAUUGAGCAGGCCGCUGACAAUGCACUAGCUAAUGGUCCACCUCCCGAGGCCAAGAAGUUGAAAGGUGUCCCUCGCAAUGCACUGAUGAAGCCUUCUGAUGCGGAACAUCGUCUUGGAAACCAAAAGUUCGCACUAGGUGAUCGGGUUGUGUAUGUCCAAGACUCGGGUCGUGUCCCAAUUGCAACUCGUGGCACUGUUGUUGGCAUAUCUCGCACCCCUCGAACCAUUCUCUUGGAUAUUGUUUUCGAUGUCACUUUCAUGAGCGGAACCACACUGGGCGAGCGCUGCUCUCCUUUCCGUGGCUCUACCGUCCCAAUUGCUUCGGUUCUCAAUCUUACCAAUAAGCAGGUCAUUGCUGGUUCGAAGGCAGCUGAUGAAAAGCGCCCAGCUCAAACCAGCACACCACUGACUGUCAACGGAGGCUACGGCCAAAACGGAUAUGGUGCUCCAGCUGGACCAGGAGGUCGAGGACAAUUUCGCGAAGCCGCGGCACCUCCACCUUUGAGAGGCUCGUUCCGUGGGGCUGUAGCUGGUCAGCAGAACGGAUUUCAGCGCGGAAACGGAUAUGCUCCUCGAGGAGGCAGGGGACGAGGCGGCUACUCCAACGAUAAUGACAUGGCAUCCAUGAUGAAUAACAUGUCAUUGAGAAGCGACCCACAACAAAUGAACGGCCGAGGAGGCAGAGGUGGACCGAAUGGUUCCCGAGCAGGGCGUGGCAACGCAGCUCCUCAGCCGCAGUCUUUCAACGCUGUUCCACCACCAGCCAGCCUAGACACCCGCGGACGAGGACGUGGUGGCCGGGGACGUGGUGGUGGUGGAGGAAGAGGCCGCGGUGCGCCAAGAGGACGAGGCGGUGUUGCACAGGAGCAGCAGACGUGAAAUUUCAUUUCUCUUGCCGCUCAUUCUGAUGGUCUGGAUGACGGACACUUGGAUUAACGAACUUCGACUGCUGCGUGGCAUGGCUAAUAAGCAGGCAGAAUGACUUGAUUACACUAUCAGAUCACUUAAGCCUUUUUGUAGCACGGUGACGAAAGCCGAUGUAUUGUUCGUUAGUUGCACAAAUCUGACGUCUUGCCCUGUGAAUUACGUGCGAGAUGUAUUCGCGUAAGGUGCGUAGCGUAAGAAGGAUGGCUGAUUUUCUGUAUUCCAGAUUAUACAGAUGAUAGGCACGUAGAUUAAGUGCCGAAUGCAAAUUCUCAGCCUAUGAAUGCUUUCAAUAUUUGUGACGUGGAUGACCGUCGUGACUGUAUUGGUAUUAUGGCAGCUGGUGUCGGGAUGGACUUUGCUUUUCUCGCUUACUUCAAAAUAAGUGGGGGACCUGUUGCUGCCCCAUUUUUCCCCGUCCUCGUUUCAGCCCACAACAGUUACUUGGGCGCGCCAGAGCUCCGAAAGACCACUUUCUGGUCUGUCUUGUAUUCACUGAAUAUACGACACAACAGGUCGGAUCGCCAGGAGACUAAUGAGCCACAAUGACUGAAAGUAGUCAUUCGAAACUAACUCAUCCUUUGAAUCAGCAAAUUAUCUGCGAAUGAAGAGCUCAGCUGUAUUUCACCAUGUCGUGGUCCAUUGAGUACAAAAAGUCUAAACCGAAAAUCGAUGAACAUGUCCAUCAUGCCUGAUAGCAGCGAUCCAGAAACCAGGCCCAUCACCAGCUCAUUGCGACUACUGAGAACUCAUUCCCAGAACAACCUUUCCAAGCUCUUCACUCGAACCAGUAGUGCUACUGGAGGCUUCUGUCUUGGUCAAACGCAGAAAAAUAGUCACUUCGAAACAAAAAGUUCAAUGGGUAGGCGACGAUCGUUACGCUGCCCAAUUUUGCCCUCCGUCGCCGGAAUGGAAAUCCUGUACCUACUAUGGUAGCUUCCAUGACAAUACCCGGAGCUUGUCAGAUCGUUUUGGUAAUGAAAUACUGCUAGAGACAAAAUCUACCAGUCUCUCCCUGGAUUCCGAGCCGCACUCUUCUCAACGAAAUACGGUAUCUUCGUCCCCCACUCCUCAUUCUGAACAUCAAACUCAAUCCCCACACUCUCACACCGGCUCUCCAACUCCCUCCAUAAUCCCUUCUCCCCCUCUUCAUUCUCCAUCCACCACUUCUUCCCAUCCCAGCGAUCCACCUUCCUACUCACCCUAAUUUUCAACACCCUCAAUCCAUACACGAAUUUAUCCUUCCUCUCCAGUAGAUCAAACACCUGUUUCAUCCACAACCUGUUAUCGAACUCCGUUGCAACCUCACGACCUGGCUUGACUUUGACGCGGAGAGUAAGCGUGUGCAAAUCUGGAGGAAGAAGUUCCACCAUCGACGUGGGCGACUCUACCCAACUCUGGUGUCCGCACAAAGCAGCCACAUCAAUCGACAGGGUCUUAAGCACACUGAAAUCUCUCAGCGAGCCAAUGAGCAGACUAUCUCGCUCCACUGCUCUCAAACCAGUUUGCAGGCCAUACAUCUUGCGGAGACCUUCAUUGGUGGUUGCUGGAUUCGCGGCAUGCCCGCGUGUAUUGCAGUAUGUGUGUCUAAGAUCGAGGUCGAGUUCUCUCAGACUGGCUUUGUGUUUUGCUAAUGCGUUGACGAUGUUUUUGUGGAAGGGGGCGUGGCAGCCUGACCAGCUCGUCGCACAGUGCGAGUCCUGCGACCAGCGGAAGUAGGUGAGGGCUUUCGCCGCGGCGAGAAGUGCAAAUGUGUCGCGGGGCUCUAGCUCGCUCUCGUCAAGAGUGAGGGAUGUAAUGUUGGACUUGUUGGUGUAGGGUGAGAGAUCUGGAUCUGGAUCGUUGCCGCAGUUGAAAGGUGUCAUGGGUGUGAGGAGGGAGAGGGUAUGGAGGCUGGGGAGGAGUAGAUACGGGAGAAAUUGGUUGAGCUCCAUCUCAUAUUCUCGAUGCCCUUUAGUUCCGAUGUCUGUGUUAUCAUUAGUCUUCCAGCUCUCCUCAGGAUUCAUCUUGGACAUAAAAUCUCAGGAACUUACGUAGCGAGCUACACAUAAACAACUUCUCCAACUUCUCCAAGACAGGCCUUUCCUCUCGCAAGCUUUUCGCAACCAUCUUUCCCAAUGGGGUGCCAUCAUAGCCCACCUCAAUCGGCAUCAUAUACAUCGUCUUGACAUUCUUCAGCAGCGGAAGCAUCUUGCAAAGCAAUUCCUCUUCAUCAAGCUCUCCAUCAGGAUCCCACGCCGCCUUAUAGUAGUCAGCAAGAAAAUCAGUGAACGAAAAGCCGAGCAUGGAAGCCUCCUUUUUCAAAGCCUCGUAGACAUCUUUGUAGCGUGAAUUCUUGUCUUCCGGGCCAAGGUAACCGUCUUCCUCAACCUCGAUUUCGGAAUCUGGGCUCGAUGCAAGACUGUCUGAAUCAGAUCCUGACUCUGAUGGCUCAAAAUCUGAAUCUUCGUUAUCGGACUUUGAGAUUUUGAAGUAGGCUGGCAUGGGUUGUGCCAUCAGUGCUUUACGUUCAGCUUUUUCCUUCUUCUUUCUAUAUUUCUCCUUCAGCUUUUCAAAGGCGAUUGACGGAUCAUCUUCUUCGUUGUUGUGAUCAUUUUGGUCUCCUGGGUUUGAGAUCCCCUCGUCAUCAGUACCACCUUCUUCAAUCGUAGCAAUAGACUCUUCCUGAGAAUCCCAGGGCUCGUCAUCACCCUGCCCAUCGCCUUCAUCAUCCUCAACCUCAACCCCAACGUCCUCCUCUUCCUCUCCACUAUCCUCCUCACUGCUUUCCUCUUCCUCCCAACCACCAUUCGGAUCCCCAACAUGAUCCUCCAACCUCGGGCACUUACCCCACUCCCCAAUAUCCAACUCCUCAACACGAGCUGCCAAAUCGUUUCUCCACAACAUCGUCAACCAGAACCGCUUCAAAAUCUUCGAAUCAUGCUCGACACCAUGAUACGUGAACUUGCGGUACAAAAGCGGCACGACACAUGUGUAAAGUUUCGGGGAUACAAGACACAGGCUGGCAAGGUCGGAUGGUGAGGGAAUGUGUGACAGGAUCUCAGAGAAGAUUUCCGGUGCAAGAGACAUGAGAAGUAAAUCGCUUUGAGUGUCCUUCGAUGCGGUGUUAGUUUCAGACAUCACCACCAAGUCGGAUCGCAAAUUUUGCCUUCUGUUCUCCUCUCGAGCUUGAUUCGGAGACUCAAGUACCUCUUCAUUCUCAAUCUCAGAGUCGUCGUCUUGAGUAUGUUCGUCUCCACAAGCAUUGUGAUCCUUUCCCUCUCCACUCGCAUCUCGAGAAGCAUCGGCAGCAAGCCUCUCCACAAGCUCUUUUCUCAAUCCAUGAACCGGCAGUCCUCGUUUCUUAAGUUCUGCCUUAAGCUCCACGAAUUUGAGGCUACCGAAAUCCGCCAUAGUGUUGUACCUUCUCCCCUUUUGCUCUUUCUCCAGGUACCUUCCGUCGAAAGGAGCUGGACAAGGCUAGACAGGACAACAGAAUGAAGAUUGAAUUUAUGAAUGGAAUGAGCACACCAGAAUAGAUUGUGAUCAGUUUGGAAUGCUCAGUCUCGAAAGUGAGAUGUCAAACCUCUGGUGACUAAGCAGAGACAAGUUAACAGGUGGGUCUGAGAGGCACAGCAAGCAGGCAUGACCACAAAGAUGGGUCGAUGGAACAGGCAGAAUUCGAGAUCCCCUUGGCCUUGAAAUGUGGGCGGAAGUGUGAUUAGAAUCCAUCCCGCUUGUCUGCCUGACAUGGUUGCUGAUAGCGUAUUCAUGUAGAUAGCUCUUUCCGAGCUUCUUGUUGAAAUGCUUGGGAUCAUCUCGCAUGGGUGCCAAGGAUUUAAUCCCCGUAUUUUACUGCAAUACUAGAUUCUGGUGAGGAUGAGGGACUUAAAAAUUUCAACAUCAAUAGAGAGCUGUUGGUGUGAUCGUUGUACUCCGAUCGAAGGCUUCGUUUAUACAUGCUGCUAUGAUAAUUUCAAGAUUUUAAACACCAGCAUUCAUCUCGCGUAUUUUCCAUCCGAUCCGCUCCAGUUUUUCCAGUCACAAGAGUCAACAAUCAAUUACUGGGAAUGUUCCAAAGCGAAUGAAGAGGAAAUAUCUGA